GAAGGCCAUCAAGAUGGAUGCGCCCCGGUCAUCAGCCCAACAAUUGAAUCACAACUUUCCAAUCUCGAAGCCUCAGCUUCCCUCGCUGCUUCCGCUCGCAACCAGCAACUGUAGCCAUCUUGACGGCGCUUGCUGAUAGUCUGGUUGGUCCUCUGUAUUUCGAUGCCAGGAAGCCCCAAUCUUUUGUCCAAGUGCACGAGUACGGUUCUUUGCCACCUGCGCACCGUGCCGCUUUGGGGCAUCGUCAUCCUGGUGUUCCUCUUGGGCUUAUUGCGAUCGCGCAUCACCGGCUUUGCCAGCCAAACUACUCGGUCAGAGAAGGCAACCCGCCCAUAACGUCACGAUGGCAUCCUCUGCAGGUUGGGCGCAGCUCCUGCAAGUCAGCAUUCCCGCAUCGAUUGCGUCACUCGUUUACGGCCUCUUCAAGAGCAAGACGGAAGCGCAAGCUGUCGCGCUGUCAUUCUUCACGGGACCUGGCAAGACUAGUCGUAUCGUUGCGCUGGUGGUCGUACUGGUCAACUGGAAGAGUCUGCCACUAGCAUGGACGGUCCGCGUCUUUAACGCCAUGAUAAGCCACAUCCUCGUGCGGCCCUUCCACACGCACAGCCCCGACAAGCUCUUUCACCCCGUCAUUAGCCAAUCGCACGUUUCCCUCCUCGAAGUCGACUACAAUCUACACAAGUCCAACUCAACCUACUUCGCCGACCUCGACGUAUCGCGCUCCCACCUCGUCUCGCACCUAUUCGCCCGCGGAUGCCACGCCCUCGCCCACAAUGCAGUGACAAAGCUCGUCGAAGACCCACGGAAACCGGGACAGUUCGCCAAGGGGAAAUUUAGCGUCGUGCUGGGCGCUGUGCACUGCAGUUUUAAAAAGGAGAUCGCGCCGUAUCAGGGGUACGAGAUGUGGACGAGUGUGCUUUCUUGGGAUCGGAAGUGGAUAUACCUACUUACACACUUUGUGGAGAAAGGAGCCGCGAAGCCGAAGUCGUGGGAUGCGGCUGCGUUUGGGCCGACGAGGAAGAACACCACUACGGAGGACACGAAUUUCGAGAAGAAGAUAUUUGCGACUGCUGUUAGCAAGUACGUGUUUAAGAUUGGGCGGUUAACGGUGCAUCCGGCGAUACUGAUUGGGGCGAGCGGGUUGUUGCCUGAGCGACCUGACGGAUGGGUUUCGACCGAAGGGAGCGGGAUGGCCACACCAAGUGAACCAGUUACCGGGAACGGCGAUGCACAGGCUAAAAUCGAGGUCGCAACGACGGGUUGGGAUUGGACACGGACGGAGGAAGAGAGGAUGCGGGGUAUGCAGUUUGCCCAGCAUUUCGCUGCCGUGGACGGUGCAGCAAGUCUAUUUAACGGAGGUGAAGAUGGGGCUCUGGGACGAUUCGGACUUGGCUAAUGUGAGUCACUAUUGUAACGGGGUGAGGCCGGACAUCAGGGAAAUAGGUUACGGGGCUAGGAGAAAGUUUAUUUUCUCUUCUUUAAGAGGCACAGAGGCAGA